AUGUUCCAACUAUACCACCACUACCAUGUGUGUGUGUUUGUCCAGUUAUUUAUGUGUCAUCAAAUGGCGAUGAAGAAGGAAGCCAAUGACAAAUCGAAAGCUGCCGAACUUCGAAGAGCACAAAUUGGUGUUGGCGUACCAAUUGUUUGGAUUUUGGGUGGCCCCGGCUGCGGCAAAGGCACACAAUGCGCCAAAAUUGUAGAGAAAUAUGGAUUUACACAUCUAAGCUCUGGCGAUUUGCUGCGUGCAGAGGUCGCCUCGGGUUCUGAUAAGGGCCGUGAGUUGUCCGCUAUAAUGAAGGAGGGUAAAUUGGUGCCUAAUGAAGCGGUAUUGAGUUUACUUGCGAAAGCUAUUUCUGAUCUCAAAUCCGAUUCGAAAGGCUUUCUAAUUGAUGGCUAUCCACGUGAGAAGGAUCAGGGCGCUGCUUUUGAACAACAAAUUGCGCCAGCGGAUCUGAUUAUCUACUUCGAUUGUUCAGAUGAUGUUAUGGUCCAGCGCAUUUUGGGACGUGCAGCUGCUUCGACAGAAAAGCGCGCCGAUGACAAUGAGGAAACCAUCAAAACUCGCCUCGCCACCUUUAGAACGAAUACCAGUGCAAUUUUGGAUCAAUAUACCGACAAGACGAUAACGCUCAAUGCCGAACGUACGGCCGAUGAAAUUUUCGUUGAUGUGCAACGUGCAUUGGAUUGUCUGAUUCAAAAGAAGGCUCAGGCGGUUGCAUGCGCCUAAUUUAUGAAUAUCUAUGCCAUGCCACAAAUAAUAUCCAUAAAUAGAUAAUAAUAAAAUUUACGUGAAUGCACGUAAACCUGUUGUAGCACAAUUGAAAUGCGCAUAUACCUACAUAUAAAUACAUACAUAAGUACAUAUAUUACCAAAGCAAUUGAUAUUAGCUAAUUUAUUAGCGAAAAAAAGCAAAAGAAAAUAAUUUAUUUAAAAAAUAUAUUGCAAAUACUCUCGUACUAAUAUGCGUGCAAUUUUUUCGCAUUGAGCGGAACUACUACUUACAAUUGCAUAUAUGUAUGUAAUUCUCAACCCAUAAACGCUUGAGUAACUAUUUAGCCGCCCAAAAUAGUUGCAUAAGUGUAGCAAAACAAAAGAAACUAUGAUUAAAAUGGUAAUGAAGUAUGUAUGUGCGUGGUAUGUACACUAAUAAGAGCUGUCUAUGGGAAAUAUGUGCUUUAAUUAUCUAAAAAUUACAAUGUAUGUACUUUAUUUAUUUAAUAACACAAAGAGCAAUAAAAAUUAUUUUAAAUAAAAAUAAAAAGAGUAUAA